AUGGAUGAUACCCAACAGGUCGCAAGUGCGGCGGAAAUCCAGGGAACCCUAGAACAAUAUGUCCACCAAAGACAGCGCUACUACCAACGUCUGAGUGCCUUCGCAAUCAGGUUUGAGGAAGACAACACAGGUGCAGAACAAGAUCUUCCUAACUUUAAAAGUCUUGUUCGAGCGCUAGGCAUCGAUUCCGUCGAGGAGUGCGUUCUCUUAGCUAGUGAUAGAACUCCCGGGUGGACUAUUAUGAGCAAGAUCCGCGAACACCUUCUGGAUGGACUACAGAAAUGCCUCGACCCACAAUUUGGUCGCUAUUUAGUGAUCAUCCAUUACUCAGGACAUGGGGCCAACGGGCCACAACAAGGACUAUGGUUUAAUGCUAAUCCUCAAUCAAAGCCGUUCUUUACCUUCAACACACUUACAGAAGCUGUGUCGAUACACUCUCAGCAAUCCGACGUGUCUAUGGACGCCGUAUUUAUUAUAGACAGUUGCGAGGUAGGAUCUGCGGGACUCACUGUUCGAGUAGAUGGUACCUUCGAACUCCUAGCCGCCGUCCCUGAGCAGAAAACGGCGUUUGGUACCUCGGCCGGACAGAACCAAAAACGAACCUUCACUGCCAAGUUAGCUAAUGCUGCAGCUAUUGCUCAAGGCAAAGCACGAUCAGUCGACUUCGCAGAGCUCCUUGACUCGGCUUACAGCCUCUCAUCCGCGAAAUUCCCCGUCCACAAGCUCCUGUCAGCCACCAGCCCCCCUCCCACUGUCAAUGAAGGUCCCUACUAA